AUGCCGGAACACACUUGGAAAGUCUCCGCACCGGUAUCCCGCAUCACCACACCUCCACCGGCUUCCAUCACUCCCCUUCUAGAACAUACGACGCUCUUAGGGAAAACCGCCGUCAUCAGUGGAUCGUGUUCUGGCAUAGGGGCAGCAAUCGCACUAGAGCUUUCCUCACGCGGCUGCAACGUGGUCAUCAAUUACCCAUAUCAAUCCCUCGAGCUGGACGCACUCGCUUUAUCCAAUAGGCUCACACCCCGAGCAAUCGCCGUCUGUGCUGAUAUCUCGACACUCGACGGUCCUCAAACUCUCAUUGAUGCAGCAGUGAAGGAAUUCGGGAAGAUUGAUAUCUUGGUCAACAAUGCCGCAAUAGCAAUUAACCUCCCAUUCGAAGAGCAAACCAUGGAGCACUGGACCUCACUUGUCGACCUGAAUGGCCGAGGAACAUUCCUCCUUACCCAAGCCGUACUCCCUCACCUCUCGAAAACAGACUCAAGAAUAAUCAACAUUGAUAGUAUCUCUUCCCGGGCAGCACCUGCUAUGCAAACGAUCUAUGCCGGGACGAAAGGAAUGGUGGAUUCCUUUACUCGAUGCUGGGCGAAAGAACUACCCCCGAAGUACGGAUGCACAGUCAACGCUGUUAGUCCGGGACCCACGAUGACAGAGGGGUUUGCAGCGGCCGGAGAGGCAUUCAUAAAGAUGAUGCAGCCUGUGCUGGAUCAAACGCCCGUAGGAGCACGCAUGGCGAAGCCGGAUGAGAUUGCCUUUGCUGUGGGAUUUUUGUGUGAACCUAGGGCUAGUUGGAUCAAUGGGCUCAAUUUGACGGCGAGCGGGGGUUUAUUUAUUGAUUGA